CCGAGGCAGUGAGGUCCCAAAUGUGAGCAGAGGAUGGACACAGCACCAAGCUCGUAUCCUUUACAGCUCAGACCUAAAAAGCCAUUUGAAUUUAUUGAAAAGUCUCAAGCAAAAUGGCAUCCCAGCCCUCAAAAACAGAAUCUCAAAAUGAAAAAGAAAACAGUGCAUUCCCUACCACCACCACCAAUACCACCACCACCACCUGCUGACCAUCGAAAUCCUGGAACAAACAGAAGUAUGAUGUCAAAGGCCCAGUCCUAUCAGGGAAGAAUUCAGGAUGCUUGGUUCACUGAACCAACACAGCAGAUGAUGUCACAAAUCCAAUUGCUCAGUCAAGAUGGACAGUCCACCAUCACAGAACAAAUGACAGAAGACAAUCAAAGUGUUGGUUUGGAAAGCCACUGUGACAUUCUGUCAGCAGGACCAGCUAACGCACCUAGAGUCCGUCUGCCUACAGGCCGACUAGUGCCGGGUCAAUGCACACCAGCAGAGAGGGCCAUCUUAGAGAUGCUGGGGGAACUGCAGCUCCAGGUCCAGCAUCUCACUUCUGUUAUUACCCAAAGAGGCCCCUUUUUGGGUAACAGCAGCCUGAAGAUGCCACCUGCACCAGCAGAUAAAGAGGAAGAAGAUGGACUUCCACUGGAAAGCAUUCAGGCCUUGAAUGACUUUGAAGUCCAUCUUCAAAACAAGAUCUUCAAGCAAAAAUUGGUGUCAAAACUGUCACUGGUUGGGGAACAAACACUUAAAAAAACAGUGUGGCGGAUUUGUGGUGGCAAAGUGUUUGCUCCUCAACUAGCUGUGCAGUUGAACUGGUGUGGCAGAGGAGAGAAAACGGCCAUCAAAAACACACACCUGAAAGACACAAUUGUCUUAUCAGCAAUGAGAAACCCGCUGCUCCCCACUCCAAAUGAGGCUGAAGCUGAGAAGAUAAUUAAAGAGUGGCUUCGCCUUUCCAGUGACAGGCUCAGAAAAAGGCAGCGAUAGUUUUUACAUUUAUUUUAUGUUUUAUAUAUAUAAUAGUUUAUGUAUAUAUAAAUACUUGUAAAUAUGUUCUGUUUUUUUAAAGUUAAGGCUAAGUUAGUAGUAUGUAAGUUAUUAUAUAUUUAUAUGUGUAUGUUAAAAUAAGAAACAUUUUAUAUCAAAUGUUUUACAUAAUUU